UUGCCUUCUCAGACGCCAUUGACGGGAAACUUUCAGGAAACGCAGAGAGAACAGAGAAGAUGGUUUAGGCCCAAGUCGUUCGUUUUUAGGAAGUGGUGGUGGUAGUGGUGAUGGUUAUGACUCAGGCUUGCAAGCUCAACCUUCCCCUCCGUGCUCACCCUUCUUCUUCGUUGGAGAUAAAUUCUCUUCUCUUUGAACCAAUCUCUCAGUCUCUCGCCUUGAUGUAUUCCGAUUCCUCAUUUCUUCUUCUCCCUUCUCCUCCUAUCUUCACCUCGUCUCCUUCUCCUUCCUUUCCUCCCUCAACCCUAAUCCCCUCUCCCUCCACUUCCGCCUGCUUCGUCCGCCUCCAUGCAAGCCCUAAUUCCACCGACGGUCGUGUCCUUUUCAUCGUCGCCGGCCCUCAUAGCGGUGGCUCAUCGAUUCUUCUCCGGUCCUGGAUCCUCAGGAAGAACCAGGCAUCAUUCGCCAAAACUCAAGUGAGUUGCAGUCGGAGCGGCCUCAGCUGUGAUCAUAGAUUAGGUGUUGUCGUUGAUCUGUCACAUGGGUUUUCGGUUAAGUUAGCCGGCUCGGUUAAUGUUUUCGCAUUGCAUUCGGUGUCUGCUCGUAAAAUUUUUGUUUUUGCAGCUAAGAUGAUUGGGGAUGAGGAUGAUGGGGUGGGCGUGCACUUGGUGAAGUGUGCUGUUAUUGACUGUACUUUGCCGAUUUGUUCGAUGACUAUUUUGUUUGGGUUUUUGCUUCUUGGAGAAGACAAUGGUGUUAGGGUGUUCCCAUUGAGGCCCCUUGUUAAAGGACGGGUUCACAGGCAGCAGGAACUUGCGCGCAGACGGGACAGAAAGCUGGAUUUGCCGAAUGGGUCAAUUCAGACAAUUAACGGAAUUAAUGAUCUGUAUAGUACAAAGACUAUGUAUUCGAAGCAUUUGGUUAGUGGUACUGAUGGUAACAGUGCCGAGCAGGAAGGAACCACAGUCUCAACUAAUGGGUAUGCUAAGGCUGAGGCGCAUCGUGAUUCUGCAAAGCUUAGGACUGUGAAAGUAAAACAGGACUCAAGUGAAUGUGGCACAUGCUUUGUGUCAUUUAAGGAUCCAGAAGUCCAAAGCUCGAAAUCUACUACAUUAUUCUCGAUGCCAGUAAAAGCAGCUUACAUCCAUGCAUUAUCCCCAAAUAAGUUUCUAAUCUUGGAUAUGGUUGGAGAUUUACACCUCCUUUGGCUGUACAAUACAGUCCUUGGAUCAGAAAUCAAAGGUCACAUGAGGCAUUUAAAUCAUUCCAUGAAAGUCCAAAUGCUAGCUGUUCUUCCUGAUAUUUCCAUGAGAACUCAGACUGUUUGGGUAUCAGAUGGAUUCCAUUCUGUGCACACGAUGUCAAUUUCUGACAUGGACAUUCCUGCCAACGAGGAUGUUAAAAAUGACGUUGAAGAAAAACAAAUACAAAUCUCAGCUAUUCAAGCAAUAUUUGCAAGUGAAAAGAUUCAAGACAUUGUUCCUCUUGCUGCCAAUGCAAUUCUGAUUCUUGGACAAGGAAACAUAUUUGCAUAUGCAAUUUCCUGAGGUUGAUAGGUGGUUUUAUCUUUCCUAGUGGAACUUUCUGUUCCAGGCCAAAUUAAAACUCUGAAUGGUUUUUGCCCAUGGAGUUGGCUUCCUGAAUCAAUGUUUGUUCAGAAAUUGGCUGGUAUAUGCAAUCUCUGCUUGCCAUGAGUUUCAGUUCACUGUUAUGCAUUCCCUCUGGUUAUUUUGGUGGUUUUUUCCGGUACUGUCAUUGAAGUCAUAAGCUGCAGUUUUCGUCCAUUUCAGCAAAUAUCACCUCAAAAACAGUGGGCUUUUAAAGAGCAGUUGCAGGACUACAACUGAAAUUUCAUAGCUCAAGCCACCAAGCUACCUCUGCUGUCCAGUCUGCUUCCAUGUGCAAAGUACUUGAAUGCUGUAUGCUCCCAAACUGCUUAUGCGACACUUGGCUGUUUUCUCACCUCGGGGAUUGUUCUUUUACAUCCACAUUUCAAUGACUGGAAAAUGAAGUAUUUGCAGACAACCAAGUGAACAAAGGUAUGUGAUGCGGCUUUCAUUUGUUUGCAUUACAAAGGAAUUUUUACUGGAUCAUUCCAAAGGAUAUUUACCCCUUAGGUCAUCCACUGACAUGCUGUGAAUGACAGUACUAUUCUU